CACAUGGGUUCACCUACCAUAUUAUUCAACCCAACAGCAAAUAUGAGUAAAGUACCAGCUUGGAAACGUCUUGGGCUCAAAGUAAAAUCAGAGGUCACGGAUGAUACAUUUUCUGCAACCACGCAUUUCGACGGCAGCGCAAUCACCAACAAAGUAGCCAAAAAACUCAACAAAAAGAGACAACUGGAGGAAGAUAAAAACGACAAGACAAAAAAACCACCAAAACGAGUAAAAAAGCCAAAGACAGAACGCGGGCCUCCUCCAGAAAAAGACCAGCUUCUGUAUUUGAGGCAAUUUGUCCUGGACAAAGAAAAUUGGAAGUUCAGCAAGCAGAAACAGAACUGGCUACUAAAAAACAUCGAAAGUGUACCUGAUUCCUAUGAAAAUGAUCUAAUUGCAUACUUUGAAGAGAUCCAGGGCGGAGCGAGAACCCGUGUUGAGACUGACUUACGUGCUGUGAUCGACAAAUGGAACGACUACAGCAAAAGGCUCGAAGAAAAGAUUAACGCCGAAUUGUAUGGUGGGAAGGCUGAGAAUGCUGAAUCUAAAUCAGAAGAAGGUGCAAAAGAAAAUGUUUCGAAGACCGAAACCGAAGCUGCACCUUCCAAAGAAUACGCUUUACGUUGCAAGAAAUUACUUAGUGCAAUGCUUGAUGAGCCUGUGCAUGUGGAAGGGGAAGAUCAAGAUCUGGCCGCACCUGAUACGCCAGAGCCCUCCAAUACUGAAUCCAAGGAGCCUUCUUUAGCAAGUGAUAGCAAGAUUGAGCCUGAAGCCGAAGACAACUUGAUAAUAGAAGACGUGGAAUCUUUGGGUGCUGGGCAAGAACCUUCAGCAGACAACCAUCAGGAUGUGAUGGAAGCCGAUAAGCAAGGCUCUAAAACAGAGACGAAGCAAAACAAAAAAGAUAAGAAGUCGAAGAAAGAGAAAAAGACCAAGAAGUAACAGGCCGAG